AUGGGACGGAGGGAGUAUAACAUAUUGAUCUAUCAUACUAUUUUUUUUAAAAAAGUUGAUAACGUUUUAAUUUACAUGCAAAACGAGAGUAUAAAUAGAGUUUUCCAAUUCGUGUUUUUUUACACGCAUAAAUAAGAGCACACACCACGGACAGACGCAAUCGCAUGCAAACGUAUCGCCUUCAAUUUUCACGACACGAGCUGUGUGUGUUGGAUAGCGUGACGUGAUGGAGCAAGGCGGCGGCGCCGCCGACGGCGGCGACCUCAUCUCCCUGUGCCUCAUGGCGCUCGCCGCCGCGGCGCGCGGGGAGAGCACCGCGCUGGCGCUGGCGCUGGCGCCGCCGCCGCCGGAGCUCCACUUCCGGUGCUCGCUCUGCGGCAAGGCGUUCGCGUCGUACCAGGCGCUCGGCGGACACAAGGCGAGCCACCGCAAGCCAUCGGCGGCGGCGGCGGCGCCGCCCGCGCACAGAGACGUCGUCGUUGCUGCUGCUCCGGCAUCAUCAGGCCGCGUCGCCGCCGACGCCGACGCCGCCUCGGAGGCGGACGGGCGGCGGCGGCGGCACGUCUGCUCGCUGUGCCGGCGAGGAUUCGCCACCGGGCAGGCGCUGGGCGGGCACAAGAGGUUCCACUACUUGCAUGGCCCAUCGGUGUCGGCGACGGUCUCCAGUGCAGCGACGGCGGCGAGCGUGGGCGCCGCUUUCGACCUAAACGUGGCGCCCAUCAAGGAGAUCGCCGGCGAGCAACGACGGUGCGGCGAGGAGGCCGACGACGACGAUGAGGCGGAGAGCCCUUCACCGGCCAAGAAGCCACGACGCCGGCCAGGAUGAGAUCCUCCACGUUAGUAUAUAUGAAGUACUAACCAUCCAAUUAUAUACAUAUAGCUCGUUGAGCAUGUAUGUAUACAACCGGUAGAGAAAGCAGAGGCUGCUCACGUCGUCACGCGUGUGCUCCGAUCGAUAACUUUAGGGUGUGCAAUUGUAAAUAAAAAAAGGGAGAUUCGGAGGGAAAGACGUCCUCCAGACAGAGAUUAAACACGGGCUCGAUGUUAAAAUUACACAUCUCUUUUCACUGCA